GAGCGCAAAGACGCGCUGCUCGGUCCAGUGCGGCCAGCGGCGCCGCCGGAACCGGGGAUGUCAGUGCUGGUGCUGCUUCUCGCUCCCCACCCCGCGCGCCUCUCGCACUAUGGCCGUCCCGCCGCAGCUACUAGCCCUGCUCCAUGCGGUCAACGAACUGUUGCGCAAGCGCCGCUACCACUCUGCUUUGGCCAUGCUUAAAGGCUUCCGGAACGGGGCAGUGUGA